AUGAAGGUCUAUUUAUUUGUCUCUGCACUUGUUGCAUUCAUCACAGCUGCACUAGCUGGCACGGUUCCUCUCGAAUCCAGACAAUCCAUUGUCGGAUUGUGGGGAAAAUCAACUGAUGUUCCCAUUCUAUAUUGCUACAUGGAUGCUGCUUGCAUGCAAAUGAGAGAGCAUUGGCAAUCCUGUCAAGUAGAUUUAUUCGAGGACGCCAAUGCACCCAUCGGCAAUCCCACUGCUCGCAACGAAUUAGUAGCAAGCUGUCUUUGCAACGCCGGCAUGCCUGAUUUAACAUCCGAAUGUCUGGCCUGUAUCAGUCUUCCUAGUCAAAAUUUCAUGGUCCAGGAAACUUUGCAUACGCUUGCUCAAGAUGUGUGUGAUAAGAAGACUACUCUUGGUCAAUAUGAAAACUAUGCAUUGCAAUUUGGUAGCGCGGUGCAGUUUCCUCUUAUCUUGCCAUCGCUUUGGCUUAAUGGUACGAAGGUUACAUCUCCGGAUCAAACUGUUGUCGAGGAGUGA